AUGGGGGACUUCCUCAUUGAGGUAAUGGUUUGGCAGACUUGCCUCUGUGCUGCUCUUGGAACUUUUCACAAACUCUUGUGCUACACUCGUGUUGCAUGGGGAGGGUGCAUAUGGGUGCACGAGUGCUUCCUUGGGUAUCUGCACUGGGCUCGCACAUUUAAAAGCAAGUCCGCACCAUUGCGUGGCCUGUGUUGUUGUUUUUUCUAAUUACCAGUUUCCAAAGCUUCCUUAUGUUUUCCAGGGUUUCCCCUCAUUGAACAUACAGGUUUGUAGCUUUGAUGGCCCGUUCUAUUUCUGUUUUAAAAAUAAAUAGGCGUUUCACGAAGAAACCAGGCUGAAUGGCACAUAAUGCUGCAAAUGUUUGGCUUUUGUUAGGACUUUGCAAUUAUGUUAUACGUACCACCACCACAAUCCUCUGAUUUAGUCAUAGGAACACCAGAAGUGCUCUGUUGGGUCAGACCCAAGUUCCAUUUUCCCACAGUGAUCAGCAAGAUCCUGCUGGGGUGCCCACAAGUGGGGCGUGAGAGCAGCAGUAUUUCCCUGUUCUUGCUCCCCAGUGACUGGAAUUCAGUGGCAUUUUUGCCCCCGGAGAUGGAAAAUAACAGACCGUAGCUGCCGUGAGCCUCCCCAGCCCCCCUUUAAAGCCUUAAAGUAAUGGCUAGCUCACUCCUACUUGUGUGUUUCAUUCUAGCAAUGAAGUCCUUUCCUGAAUCGACUGCUAAUCAGUUCUCUUGGGUGAUCCUGAGUUCCUGUGUUAUAUUAGAGGAAGAAGGAAUUCUCUCUCUUUUAUCAGUUGCAUCCAGGUUUAGGCUGCAGCGACGGCCCCGCUAACUUGGGAGUUAAUUCAGUGGGAUGCCGACAACGUAAACAACCUCUGAGUAGGUUAGGAUUGCAGCCUUAAUCCUACUUCCAAGUUGACUUGUUGGAAUCACUGGGGCUUAAGUUUGUCUACUCUGUGCUAAGUGCGACUAAACCUGGACCCCACCCUGUUUGUAUGUUAAAUUUGCAUCCCACCUUUCUGCCAAGUUGUGCUCAAGGUGACUAACAAUGCCGAUACGGCAUUUUGUUAUAUUUUAUUAUAACGGCAAUGAAAUGCAAAGUUAAGAGGAAAAGCAUUGUAACAAGGCAAGUGAAAUAUCAAUGAAAUCAAUUUUUAAAAAGACCAGUAAGCUUCUACAUAAUUACAGCUCUGCUUAUAGGAAGGCCUAAGUUAAAAUGAACUUGCCUGCUGGCAGAAGGUCAUCUGAGACAUGGCUAGACAGGUCUCUCUCGGCGAGGCAUCCCAAGACCUGGGGGAAGCCACCAAGAGGGAGAGUCCUCUUGAGAGUUCCUGCUAAAUAGUUGCCCCGCUGCUUCCAUCCCAGCCUGCACUGCUUUAACCAUCAGCUCUCCACUCCAGGUCAAUGGACAGAACGUAGUGAAGGUUGGACACCGACAGGUCGUCAACAUGAUUCGGCAGGGCGGAAACAACUUGAUGGUGAAGGUUGUCAUGGUGACGCGGAAUCCGGAGAUGGAAGAGGCCAUGAAGAAGAAAGGUACCACCGCAGUGCAUUCUGGGAUGGUGCUUUGGGUUCUUUUUAAAAAAGAAAAGAAGUGGGGGGGAAUAUGUUGUUCAGAAGUUAAAGAUGGGAAGGCUCUACUCUUGAAAUCUUCUCCGAGUUGGAGAAUGGGACCUGCUGGGGCUUAGAAGCAGGAACAGUAAGUCCCAGAGGUGGAAAGAAGAUAAAGUCCCUACCAGAGAAGAAUGGCAGAUUAAGAUGAUGGAUUAUGCCGAAAUUGCUAAAGUGACCGGAAGGAUCAGAAAUCAGGAAGAUCAAAAUUUUAAUAAGGAAUGGGGGAAAUUUAUAAUUUAUCUUAAAAACCCUUGAAAACAGCUAAAAGCGUUAGUAGGAUGGGAAUAACACUUGUAGUUUAAUGGUGAGUUUUGGACAUAAUGGAGAGGUAGAAGAUUUGGAUUAUCAUAAAAGAUGCAGGAAGAAAUGACUAACAAUAUGACCCACAAAGGGGAGAAGUCCAGGAGAUUCUUUGGAAUCUUGUUUUUAUGUUGUAUGCAGCACUACACUCUGAAAAAUAUAGGUGGCUCUUCGUGUUACAGGUCAUAUGACUCCCCUUCAGGGACAGCUGAUUUAGGAUGCUUCCCUGAAAGGAUAAAUCUGGAUUAAGUGGGCAGCGGGGAGGGGGAUACAGACUGGAGUAUUGAUGCCAAAACAUUAUGUGGGCAAUGCAAAAAACUUGCAUGUGUAAGGAGCGUCAAUCUCACAUUAAACUUACCCACGUGGGCACUGUUACAGAAAUACCUUCAAUCUCUUCAAGGGAUAGCUAGAACAUUCUUGUAUGUUGAGUCACUCCGUGGAUUCUCCUAUUGUUUUUGUACCAGUGCCUUCCCUCUUCCUUGCCAUGGUGUGUUCUGGGUUCUGGGUUCUCUCAGGAGCUGAUGAAUGCAUCCUGCAUUCGAGCAAAAGGAAAAGUGGUUAGGGUGGCAAGAUACAAAGCUUACUUUGGAUGAGAGGGUGGUCCAGCGGGUUCGGGGAAAGACUGGUGAUGGGAAUUGGAUGACACGAGUCUGGUUCACAAGCAAGAUCCCAGAGCUGCUUCUUGUUUUUAACUGUAGCUGCGCCACAGCAGACAAGACGAUUGCCACCUCCAGCCAUCUCCUUGCGCUCCAAAUCCAUGACAUCUGAGUUGGAAGAAAUGGGUAAGGAUGCUCAUGGGUUAUCAUUUCCUGCCUCAAGAGUAUGAGGGGAACUGCCAUCCCCAAUCCAUUUCAUGAUGAACAUACAUACUUGCCCUCUACUGGAGGGAGGGAACACUGCACUAGAAGCACAGUGUGACCAACAGACACGCCAGUGACCUGGCAUUUAGAUGGAUGCAUGCACAGCUACUGUGCAGCUGAUACUUGUGUCAUCUUGUGGCCUGUUUGGUUUGGGCAACUACUUCUUCUUACACUUAUUUGCUAAAAAUAUUGUUUGGGUCACCCCGUAAUGGUUAUAGUUCUGCCCUGAGGUGCUUUUGAUGUGUGUCCUCCUUUGCCUUAGAGCAGAAGACUUGCAAACGAUGAACUAGGCUAAGUCAGAUAUUCAGAAUCUUCUCCAUGCAGUGCACCUUGAUUAUCCUAAAUGAACCCAUUCAUGCAUAAUUUGUUACUAUGGUAGAACUUGUUUUUUUCUUUCUGAAGAAUUCAUUGUUGCCCCCCAGAUUUGAGGGACCCUUAGGCAAGAGGUCUUAGGUGCUUCCAAAGUGGUCCUGUUGCCCACAGUAUGAUUGUUGAUUUGAGGGUUCCUCCUAGGCAAGACCCAGGCAUGGACUUUUGAAGGCUUCCUCUUGACGUCUCACCCUGGUUUGUCCAAAUCCUUCAAACUCUGCUUAAAGCAGAAGUCGGCAGGAGCCUUGCAUGGAAGCAGUUAUGCCAGCUGGAUAAAGGGCAGUCCUCACUGUGACAGGAAGUUGUCGCCAUCUGCGUUUCAAGUUACGCAUUACCGUCCCCAUGCGAAUGUGUCCAUGGAGAGGGUUUCCAAUGUCUGCACUUGGCCUCAGCCACUGGAAUCGUACAUGGAAAAUGCCGCAACACAGAACCAGGAAUCAGUUUUUAAGUCCUAGUUUCAUUCUCCUAGCUGGGGCAUACUGUGGGGUAAGAGCUGAGCCUGAUUUUGCAACCGAAAUAAAUUUGGGGGAAAAACAAAACGUAUUUUAGCUGCUCAUCCCAAAUCAUCAUUUUUUUUUUACUGACUGCAGGCUUUGGGGGAAUGUUAGAUUGGUUGCAAAAUCUGGUGUAUAUAAUGAUUUUGGUGGAUAAAUGAGGGUUUCCCAGUUUUAUGCAUCAUUAUGGAAGGGGUGGGGAUCCAUUGCUUCUCCUCUCUCUCCAUCUUCUUUCUUUUUGUCCACCCACUGCUGCCCCGGACUCUGAAAACCCAUCAUAGUUGAGAAAGGUGAGUUCCUGUCCCCACCCCAAAUUGCUCCAAUAAUUGCAAGAAAGUGGGCUGGAUUACAGAAACACACACACCUCCCUUUUGCUCAGAAACGGAGACUCGGGGUAUGAGGGCUCCCCACUUCUUCAUACUGUUUAGAGUAAUGUUGCUGCUUAAGGAAGGUCUCCCCUCCCUGAUCUGUGACCUGAUAUCAGUGAUCUUCCUGUGUCAAAGAGCGAAGUAGCAGGGCUGAUGCAAACAUCUAACCCAGCCAAACGUUCAUAUAAUUUCAGGUGUGGAAAGGAGUGGCGAUUGGAUGAAGGGAAGCAUAUUUUUAGGCCGGGGGAUAUUUUAGGAAGCUUUCAGUAAUGCAAGGUGGCUUGAGGGCGUUUCAUCAGUCCCCCUUAUUUUUGAAAACCUGAAGGGGAGCUGCUGCAAGUGACUAGGAAGCCCCACUGCUGACACACUAUCGAAGUGGCACAUCCCUGGAAACGGCACUAAGUCAUUGUAGAAUCUUAGAAUUGGAAGGGACCCCAUGGGUCAUCUAGUCCAACCCCCUGCAAUGCAGGAAUCUCAGCUAAAGCAUCCAUGACAGAUGAACGUCGUGUAGUGUCCUUUCCAAGGACGUUUUUAAAUUACAGCACAGCAGCUUGGGAGAAGCUCGCACGUUUUUAAAGCGUGUUUUCAAAAUAGGGGGAAAUGAGAUUUCAAAACCCCUUGGACAACUUUGUAACUGCAAAUACUACGUGCACCCCGCCUACCCACGCGAUACACUAAUUUCUCCCCUCCCCACCCACAACGGGUGUCACCGUAUUCUCCCCACCCACCCACUUUGCAGGAAAGAAACGCCCAACAGGGGUGGAGGCUCGUGGGGAGCAGGGCUAGGCGUUCAGGGUGAGGAGUCUUAAAGGCUUAUAGGAAUCAUGGCAGCAUUGCCAGAAUGUAGAUACAGGUAGCCUAAUACACUUCAAGUUAUUUAUUAUUUUUUAGAGAACGAUUAAGCAGAAUACUGCUUGCAGGCUUUACCUUAUAUCUCCACUCCUAACAGGGUUAGAGAUGAGUGUGUCUGUGUCUUUUAUACUGUAAUCAUAGCUUGAGAUGCUUUGGUAGAAGCUAGGCCCUUACAGGCCUGCCAAUGCCCUCUUGAACUGGGAGGAUUCUCUGCCUCGCCCCACCCAUCCUCAAUUCAUAGACUCCUAGAACUGUAGAGUUGGAAAGGACCGUGGGGGUCAUCUAGCCCAACCCCCCGAAUACAUAAAACAUUCGCCCAAUGUGGGGCUCAAACCCACAACCCUGAGAUUUAAGAGUCUCCUACUCUACCAACUGAGCUGUUCUGGGCAGUGACAGAUGCCUCAAUGCCCGUGAGAUGCCUUAAUGCCCAGUAUCUUCUCUCCCUCAUCCUGCCCAAAUCCUUCGGUUGUUACAGGGGGUUUCCAGGCCUCCCCCCCAAGCUAUACCUUUCUCCUCCUCCAAAAGUGGAGGUGCUAAUUUCUUCCCCUCUUGCUAUCUCCCUCCCACCAUCCAGUCUCCCCCUGGAAGAAGAAAACAGGUGAGUGUCACGCAUCCCUCACCCCGCCACGCACGCACCGAGCCACCUCGCUUACCUCUCAUUGCCUCCCACCCAGCACCGCCCUGCACUCUCCCACCGACGCUCCCAUCGGUUGCCGCUGCCGCCCCCCUCCGUCCACACAGCUCCACGAACCGGCCUUCCUAGACAUGCCGUCCCCAGCCCACCCCCCCUGCACCUCCCACCCCCGUUAUCCUCCCCUCCUGUCGUCUCUGCAGAUUAUGAGCCGGCGAUGGGCACUGAUAAGAAGCGGACUGUCUAUCAGAUGGCUCUGAGUGAGUACCAAGCAGGCCCUGGCGACUGCCAACAGUCUGCGGGAGGGAAUCUCUGGGCAAAGGCUGGGUACCUGCGAAGCAGCACUCCUCCUGGGUGCCCUCAGCUGGGAGCGUUCCUCAUGCUUCAUUGCAAGAGGGGGUGCCAGUUAUUUCCUGCAUUUGCGUUGGCAGGUAACAGAAUUUGGCUUUUCUCUCUGUGGGUUUUGCAGCACCGCGGUGUGAAAUCUUCAGUUUUGUCUUUACUCUGGCAUACACGUGCAGAACAAUGUUUGAGGACUAGGGUGCAUAGCCACGGCUAGGGUGUAUGGAAUAGGUGUCGGCCUGAAAAACAAGCUCUUGCCAGUUCUUGAAAUCCAACAUCCUGGUGUUUGGGUAGCAGCCCCCUUGCUGUUGGGGCUAGAUCAGGGCAGAAGCCAAGAGAAAAAAAAGAUUUCCAGGUUUUCCUAUCCCAUAACAGCAGAGAUGCAGAACUUUCGCCCUUCCAAAUGUUGCUGCUGCACUACAACACCCAUCAUCCCUGCUGGCUGUUGGGGCUAUUUAUUUAUUUAUUUAUUUAUACAUACAUACAUACAUACCCCGCCCAUCUGGCUGGGUUUCCCCAGCCACUCUGGGUGGCUCACAACAGAAUAUUAACAACACGAUAAAACAUCAAACAAUAAAAACUUCCCUAAACAGGGCUGCCUUCAGACGUCUUCUAAAAAUCAGAUAGUUGUUUAUUUCCUUGACAUCUAAUGGGGGAGCAUUCCCACGGGGCAGGAGCCACCACCGAGAAGGCCCUCUGCCUGGUUCCCUGUAACCUCACUUCUUGCAGUGAGGGAACUGCCAGAAGGCCCUCGGAGCUGGACCUCAGUGUCCGGGCUGAACGAUGGGGGUGGAGACGCUCCUUCAGGUAUACUGGACCGAGGCUGUUUAGAGCUUGAAAGGUGAGCUCCAACACUUUGAAUUGUUCUCGGAAACGUACUGGGAGCCAAUGUAGGUCUUUCAGGACCGGUGUUAUCUGGUCUCAGCAGCCACUGCCAGUCACCAGUCUAGCUGAUGGAAGCUGGUGUACAGCUCACAAUGAAUGGGCUGUGAGGAGCACCAGUCUUGCCUUCUUUGCCAAAUGGCUGGGAGGUACACACACAAAACCCCAAAUACCAAUCAGGUUGUUUGAUGUGGUUUUACUUGUUGAAGGGGAGGGCAGUGUCUGGUGGGCUUGCAGCAGUACUGACAGUGUCAUCCUUAAGGCUCGGGGCUUGAGCCAAGGGUACUGACUCCCAAGCAUAACGGUUCCUGGCUUUCCGAGAGGGCUGGUGGUGAGGAAGUGUAGUCUUGUGUGGGCAUGGGCAGAAGGUGGGCUAGUGGGAAAUGCAAAGAAGUCAGGUGGAGCUUGCAUGCACAAGGUUCCAGUUAGAAAAACCCCAGCCUCUCUAGUUAGAAGCUUAACUCAGGCAGCAAGACUGGCCAGGCAAGAUUUCUCUAGGCGUGAGAGACCUGGGAAAGCUAGCGCCAGUCGGGGAGACAUUAUUGGGGUAGGAGAGUCUCCCCUAACCUUGAUGCCCUUCAGAUGAUAUUGGACCCCCAAGGCUCAAUCCCCACAACCAUCAGCUGCAGGCCAGUGGUCAGGAAUUAUGAGAGUUGUAGUCUAAAACGGAAACAUCUCCGCAUAAGGCAUUCUCCAAAGUUUGUCUGACCUCGGUCUGGUCCUGCAAUGCACUUUCUUAGGCAAGAAUGCAGAUUAGGAUAGCCCAGAGUAGAUUUGGUAUCCUGGAUCCGAGAAUGCAAUUUGUCCCUGUAAAUUUAAAGCACAUCGGUGGACCGUAGGGAUCUUAAUUUUAAAAAUAAGAAGGGACUACAUGAGACUGAAACCAGGUCACCCUUAGCGUAAUCUUGAGGCCUGAGCUUGGGAGAGGAGGAACCUCCGAUUCUUGGGUUCCAUUUUCCAUCUAGGAGCAGACCAGUCGAGAGGAGCGCCCCCUGAGCAUGAUGGGCAAAGGGACAUAGGCGUGCUCUGCGUGGGGAUGGUUGUAAUCUUGCCUCUUUCUGUGAUUCUGCCUCAUUUCAGACAAAUUGGACGAGAUCCUGGCAGCAGCUCAACAGACAAUCAACGUGGGGGAUGGAUGUGGCAGCGGAGGGCUUCCUUCCUUGGGGAAAUCUCGGGGCGCUGCCAAGAACUAUUUCUCUGCUGAGGUAGGAUGGAGCACAGCUCACCAGUGCAGCAGACAUCUAGCAAGAUCUGUUAUUGUUUUGAUCAAAGUUUCCCUAUGCAGAGAGUGAAACGCUGGCUAAAAAAGUAUUCUUUUAAAUGCAAUUGCCAAUAUUUUCCCUCGUGAGUUUUCCUCUUCAAACGCUCGGUUGUUAAAUGCUAUCUAGUUGAUACUCUAAUAUUCUGUGGCUACUAAGUAUCCUCACUAAGCCAUUUUGGGGGAUCAUUUUUGCCCCAUCUAAGUUUGGGGGGGCGUGUUUUGCUUUACUUCUGCAAACCUUAGUAUCCUGGUACUAAGUACCUGAGUUCACGAUUAGAGUGAUAGUUUAUCUUCUCUUCUCUGGGAGAGGGGAAACCAAUAGUUUUGAUAAUGUUGGUAAUGUUUCUGUUAGUACCUAUAUUCUUUCUCUUGAAAAUUAAUAAAAGACAUUAGUUUUUUUAAAAAAUAAAUAAAAUAUAAAUAGAGUGAUAGUUCAUUAUUGCUGCUACAUCCACCCACCAUGGGCGUAGGCAGGGGGCAGUUCCCCCCCCCCCCAAAACAAGUAAGUAAACAAAAAUACUUAACUAAAUGACCAAUUGCAUUGCAGAUACCUCAGUUCUGCCCCCCCCCCAACAUAAAGCCUGCCCCUACAAAUAAAUCCUGACUACACCCAUGCCACCCAGUCUCUCUGAGUCCUUUCAUCUGCUCUUACCAGUUCUCUGGCUUCAUCUUUUUCUUUCUUUAUUUCAGCCCAGUUUUGAACAGCACCGCCUGAGUCAGGCCAGUUACGAGCGCCCAUCCUACCUGCCAGCCAGUCACCCCCCAGGCAUGAUGCUCCGCCAGAAGUCUAUUGGUGAGACAGGGGUCGGGAGGGUGUGCAGUAGUCCAGGUGUCUGGGAGCCAAUGUACUGGGAGCCAAUGUAGGUCUUUCAGGACCGGUGUUAUAUGGUCUCGGUGGUCACUCCCAGUCACCAGUCUAGCUGCCACAUUCUGGAUACUUGUACAGCUGCAACCAGGUCCUGGUCUGGAGAUCGAGUAGAGGUCACAGCUCCAGCAGUUGUCAAAACUAAAAGUCCCUGCCUUCCCACUGCCAUCUAUGUUUCUGCCUCUCCAGGGUUUCUUGCAAGCAAUUGAAGACUGUUCCUGCAUGCAGCCUGUCUUUGCUCCUCCCAUUUCAUACCUCUCCUGGUUCUGGGAGUUGGGAGGGGAGCGUGUCACAGCAGGAGGAGACACCUGUGACGCUUCACCAACCUGACUCAUCUCUUCCCUCCUGACUUCCCUCCUCUUACUCACUUGCUUCAGCUUGUGCCUCCGAUUCUGGACUGUUCUCUGCCACAGACUCUCCCAGCUCACUGAACCCUGUUACUCCUUCAGCUUCCGAUAUCUCACCACCACCACCACCACCACCACCAUACCUUGGACUCUGAGCUUUCUUCCCUUGAGGGUUCCCCAACAAGUGCCUCCCGGCAUUCAUGGCCCAACCAGUCCAUGACAGCAGAUAUGAACGAGAAGGGCCUGGAGGGAAGAGGGAGUUCUCUUUACUUAGAGCAGGGCGGGGGAGCCUGCAGCUCCACACUCCCAACUCCCAUCAGCCCCAGCAGACAGGACUAAUGAUUCGAGAAUGGUGGGAGCUGUAGUCCGGCUGGAGGGCCUCAGGUUAGACAGUGGAAAUAUGGGAGAACGGUUUGGUGAUGAUAGCAUUCCUUCUCUCCCCAGGUGCCGCUGAGGAUGACAAGCCCUACCUCACUCCCCCUGCCAUGAAGUUCAGCCGCAGCCUUUCAGUCCCGGGUUCUGACGACAUCCCCCCACCUCCAACCACCUCCCCUCCAGACCCCCCAUACAGCAGCACCACGCCCUCGGCGUCCGGGCGUGCCACACCCUUGGCCCGUUCCACCUUCAACCCCAGCAGCGAGGCCAAGCUCUACUCAGCUUCCCUGCACCAGGAACCGUCUUACGAGCCGCGCUCCCGCGACAAAAUGUCCCUCUACCGCCAGGAGUCCGAGGCGGGGGCCGAGGGUUCGACCGCCCGCGGCUGGCGGGGCCACACCCCAGACCUGCGCUACUACAACCUGCCGCCACGGGCCACCAACACCGCCAUGUAUGUCCCCACCAAGCCCAUGCGGCGGAAGGGGCCGCUUGUCAAGCAGACCAAAGUGGAAGACGAGCAGCGCCAGCAGCAGGGAGCCUCUGCCUCCCAGGCACAGCCGUUGCCUCUGCAGCCCCAGAUGCCCGCCCCGCCGGAAAAGAGCUCCAUCCCCAUCCCUACCAUCAUAAUCAAAGCCCCCUCGACCAGCAGCAGCGGGCGCAGCAGCCAGGGGAGCAGCAUGGAGGCCGAGAGCCAGCCGGAGACGGCGGUGCCUGUGCCCUCGCUCCAGCUCCACAACAGCAUGGAUUUCACCAGCCAGUUUGGGGCGGCCCUGGUUGGGGCUGCCCGGCGGGACCGCGAGUGGUACAGCGAGGCUCGCCGCAAGUCUGCCCUCUUCCUCUCCACCGAGCAGCCGGACGACGACUCUCAACAGACGCCCAUGCCCCGUCUCCGCCACUCCAAAUCCAUCGAUGAAGGCAUGUUCUCCAGCGAGCCGUACAUCCAGCUCAACAUGGCUCCCUGUUUUGGCAGCGGCGCCGGCGGCGGGAGCAGCUCCGGUUACCUCCCACCUCGAGCCGCGAAAACAUACGGAGCCAGCACCACCAGCGCCUUCACUUCCGUGUGCUCCAGUUUCCUGCCGCAGUUACAGGCCCACUCGACGCCUCUCAUUCACCCACUGACGGGCAAGAUUUUAGACCCUGGAUCCCCCUUGGGACUGGCCCUGGUGGCUCGUGAGCGGGCCCUGAAGGAGUCCCAGUCCCAGCAAGAGAGCCGAGAUGACAGGCAUUCGCGCCCAUCCUCACCCCGGUUCGGAGAGGCUCCCAAAACACCAGAGUCUCCCGGAAGCUCCAUCCUGCGGCUCUGGGGGACGCCAGAGCAGCAGCAGCACCAUCACCACCACCACCACCAGCGCCCGGCAUCACCACGGAAAGAGCCCGAGAGCCCCCGGCACCCCUCUCCCGAGGAGCAGCAGCAGCAGCAUCCUCCGUCCUCGGCCAAAGGUGCACCGUGGGAGAAGCGGCCCGAGGAAGGGGAGAAGCUGGAGCUGCACGUGCGCUUCAUGGAGAACUGCCGCCCAACAGAGGAGGAGGAAGGGGGCCAGGAGAGUGGGAAAGCUGAGGUGGCCACUGCCCCUGCGGAACGCGUGGCUGAGGAAAACGGGCUCCCGUUGCUGGUGCUGCCCCCUCCCGCCCCAUCCAUCGAUGUGGAUGACGAAUUUGUGUUCACUGAGCCGCUCCCGCCGCCCCUCGAGUUCUCCAACAGCUUUGACAAGCCCGAGUCGCCCCCCAAAGCCGCCAACGAAGUCCCUGCUGCAAUGACCCCUCCGGCCGCGCCCCCUGCUCCAGCCGCCUUGGACUCCACGGCAUCCAGCUUGACGUCCUACGACAGCGAGGUUGCCACCCUGACCCAAGCCGGCACAGCGGAAACCAAGGAAGCCCCUCACGUCAACUUCUCUUCCGUCGUGUCCUCCAUCGCCAUCCCUCCCGCCGAGGCCCCUGAAGCCGUGACGGACUCGGGGAUCGAGGAGGUGGACAGCCGCAGCAGCAGCGACCACCACCUGGAGACCAUCAGCAGCGUUUCGACUCUGUCCAGCAUGUCUGGGGAAGGCACCGAACUCUUGGACACCUACAUCACCUAUUUGGACGGGCAGGCUUUUGGGGGAGGCAGCGGCAGCGGAGGAGGCAGCAGCAGCAGCGGUGGUGGCGGAGGCAGCACAGAGAAGAGCCCCCUGCAGACCAAGCUACGCUCGCGGCCGUUCCCCGGUCGCUUGCCGGUGGCAACCCCCACCAGCUCCACCAUCUCGGUUUCUGCAUGUACUGAGAACAUGUUUGCCCUCACGCCCGCUCCGCCCUACCACCAGCAGCCGGCCGCUGCCGAGCCGGGCAAGGAGCUGCAGCGGAAAUCCCCGACGCUGCCAUGGGAGGAACCCAAGGCCUCCCCCAUGUCCACCAUGAAGGCCAGCAUCAUCAGCGAGCUGAGCACCAAGCUGCAGCAAAUGGGCGGGGUGUCGUGGUCACGUCCGCCCGACUCGGUGGCUUCUUUCGGUUCAGAGAGGCCCAGCUCCUUGCAGAGGCAAAGGUACUAGGCGACUGGAGCAGGAGGAGGAGGAACAGGAAGCAGGAAGCCAGCCCCGUGCAUGCCGCAUCUCGUGUUUCAGUUGGGUUUGUCUCCUUUUCUCAUUCUCCCGUCAAUGCUUGCUUUUUUAUGAUUUUUAUUUUUUCCUUUUUUCUACCACCAUUACAUCGUUUGGUGUGCUGGCAGGCACAGGGCAAGGGUAUGUGCUCUUCUAUGGAGCACUUGGCCCAUCUUGUUCAGCGGGUAUGCAUGGUGCAUAUAUUUACUGUACCACUGGCUUGCAGUUGUAUGCGUGUGUGCACACAGACCAUCCCAGCUGCUUUUUGCGUGCACUCAGAACACAGGCCCAGCCCCCCCUUAAGCAUCCAAGGAGACCAUCCAAACCAGCAGCAUGACUAUAGAAGCAUACACAUGUAUUUAGGGUCUGUUGGCAUGUGUGUGCAUCUUGCACGCACAAAGUAUAUACCUUUGUCUUGUACUGUACUCAUAUGUUCAGGCAAAGGUCUCUUCAAGCCAAUAAUGGGCAAGACUCUUCCUCUAAUGUCCAAUGUUUGCUCCUAAAGGAUCAGAAACAGACACAAGUAUUUUGAAAGUCACCAAGCCAUUGGGUUUCACAGCACAUCGUGGCAGGGACCAAGAAACAGCCCUUUUUGAUUAGCCCACAUGUUGACCCACCCUGCUGAAUGAAGCUCAUCAUUUUGGCUUUCUUGGUGACAACCCCUUGAUUAUAUUACACUGCAGACGGGCAGCAAAAAUUGGCAGUCUUGGUCUUGAUAGGCCACCACGCAUGGGUGGUAGGCUGCGUUUGCCUUGAUGCUGUGUGGGCCUGCACUGGAGACCCAAAUGGUGUGUGUAAAUGCAUAGAGGAGUAAGAUUUCCCAUUUGGGUAGACCAUCUGUUUUUCAUGCAAAGACCCCAUGUCCAAUCCCCAGCCUCUCCAGGCAGGCUGCCUUUUUGAAACCCUAAAGAACCUCUCCCAGUCAGUGUAGACAGUAAGGACCCAGUGAUCUGACCUGGUAUAAGGCAGCUUUCUGUGUUCCUGUGUUCUUUGUGUAGCGUUCACAUUUCGUUUUGUGGGGGGAUCCUUUCUGCUGAAGAUCCCCUUUGUGUUUGCUGUGCAACACUUGCCUUGCAGAGCCUUGUAUCCUAGUGUGCACUGAGUUUACCCUCGGGGGAGGCUGGUCCCUGCUCCCCACUAAACAAGGGACAAACUCCCUGUGACCCAGCAGGUCUGGGAAUGGCUUUCCAACUUGGUGCAACAGCACUGGGGCAGGGUGAAAUUCUCCCCAUGCUGUUUUCCAAAAUUCCUUUCUUCCCCCAAAGUUGCGAUUAGAGGCAGGUGUCUCUGUUGAACAUGCUGUUUUCCUUCCGCACGCCUCUCUCCAAGCAAGGCUAAUAGCCAAAGGCAGGAAAGGAUUUGGUUGGGGGAAAUGGCGUGAGAGGGAAACUCCCCCAGCACCCCUCUCCCAGUCAAAUUCCAGACACGCACCUCUGCUUUUAGGCUUUUCUUUAAAAAAAAAAAAAAAGUCAGAUGACUUAAGAAUAUGCUCUAAAUUGCAACCAGGACUUUGCUACAGUUUUGUGUUGCAGGGAAAGAUUGGUAAUGAGGGACAAGCUGUCACUAAGGGCUAAUCUAGACUGCCUUUAGUGCCGCAUUCCUAGGCACAGGUCCAGGAUUUGAAGCUCUGUGUCUAAGCAUUGUUGGGGGGUUUUUUGUCCCGGCGCUUUUUCCUGGGAAAACUCAUCUUUUACUGCUGAAUUGGAGCAAACGGCCAUUGGGUUUUCUGUGGGUUGAUGUUGUUUGCUCCAACUCAGUGGGAGAACAUGGUUUUCCCAGGAAAGGCGCUAUGAUGAAAACAACAACACCCAGACAUGAAGCUUUAAAGUGUGGCCCUGUGCCUGGAAGACAUGGCACAAAAUAAAGUCAGGAUCAGCCCUAAGAGAAGCUUGUCCACCAUGAUUGGCAUUUCCAUUGAGAAAACCUUCAGAUUCCCUGGAACACAGUCUGAAGACCUCUGACACUAGCAGGUUACAUCUGGAAGAGCUCUCUGAAAGGCGGAAAGGGGGCAUUUUACCUUUAGACCUAGGAAAUCUGUGGUUUAGUUUUCUCCUCUUCUGAUACAUUAUUAUUAUUAUUAUUAUUAUUAUUAUUACUAUAAUAUUAUUAACAAAUGUAUAGACUGCUUUAUAACAUAAAGCCAUUGAAGCAGUGUACAAGAUAACAACAGAAUAAAACACUGCAAACACAAGUUCAAAAACAAUGAAAUCAUUGCAGCAGGCUUAAAAGCAGAAAGAAACGUUGCAAAUUCUUUAAAAAAGCAAUAAAAUAAUUUCUUCAGAUGUACAGUUGUUCCGUGACUAGGUCAGUACUCAGGGAAAAUAGGCACCUACUCAUUGUGACACUGGGCACCUAAUUUUGGCUGGAAAUCAAUUCCAGAGAGCUGCAGUGCUAAAAGCCCAGUUUCUCAUACAAGCUGAGCACACCUCUGGGGCAAAUGGUGCUCUCAGCACUGUCCCAUCUGCGAACCACAGUUGCCAGGCAGGAACUUACGGGACAAAGCUGUCCCUUACAACACCCCAGUCCCAAGUUGUUUGUUGGCCCUACACCAGGGGCAAGGAACCUGUGGCACUCCACUUGAGCCCACAUCAUCCCUGAUUAUUCGCCCUGCUUGGCUGGGGCUGAUGGGAGCUGGAGUGCAACAACAUCUGCAAGGCUGCUGGUUCCACAUCCGUGGGCUCCCCACACACAUCCUUGCUCAGCUUUUGUGCCAUGGAAUCUUCCAUGCCAGGGUCUUCUCCUUCCUAGCCGAGGUUACUUUCCUGUAGCCACCUGCUCCUCUCUUUGCACCUCCGAAGUGGACCGGGUUCACCCUCAGGCUGCUGGCACUUGCACAAGCACUUGUGCUUCCAUAUGCACACACUUGCGGAGAGGCAUAGGCAUUGUGGGUCCACAGCACUCUCCAUCCAACGCAGUUGCAUUGCUGAGUUUUAUUUGCUCCAUUCUGUCAUUCAUCUGCGGUCACACAUCUGCGCUGGGAGAAUUCACUUGCCGUUCCUCCGAUGCCGUGGAGUUGGGAAAGAGAAAAGUUGGGAUCUUGCACCCAACACGCAUAAUCAAAGCUGCUUGUCUUUGAAUGGGUAGGAAAGAUCGGCUGACAGUUAGGACUCCUGUGUCUUUUGUGGGAUGGGUUGGCAGUCUUUAUUUCAGAUGAGGGGUCCUGGGUAUUUUAAAUGGGGUGGCGGGAAGAAAAGCAGUGGGAUGCAUAGUCUAAUGCAGCCAUUUCCAACCUGGUGUCCUCCAGAUAUUUUGAACUACAACUCCUAUCAGGCUCAGCCAGGAUGAUAGGCACUGUAGUCCAAAACAUCAGAUGCUGUAUUGGGUUAUAUCAGAAGAGCCAUAACUUCUGAGCACUAUGGGAAGGUGGAGUGAGGGGUAUGGUAUGGUACAAAAUGCUCUGGAAUGGAAGUAGGGAAACAGAUGACUUCUGGGAGAAGAGAACCAUUCCUGAAUUCAUUGGAGUGGAAUGAAUUCUUCCUUCAGAGGCUACUCUAGUAAGCAUAUCUCCUUCCCACAAGGCAGUUCCGUUCUGCUUGAUCCAUCCACUUUCCUAGUGUGAGGCAGGCUUGCUGUGGCUCCCUCAAUUGCCAGCUCAGUGCACUUUAUUUUCCCAGUAUGGAAGAUAGACUGGGGGAAAUUCCAUAGGGCUCCCCCUAUUGAGUUCCAUUGAUGGUGCAUAUCUCAGAGAAGGAGCCUGUUUUCCUUAUCAAGUUGCUUUCCUUUUCUUGGUCAUUAUGAAGCAGGGCCUCAAGCCCUGUGUGACCCAAGUUAACUUGAGUGCAAUGCCUUUCUGAUUGCACACAGGAAAAGGCCUCUUUGUCGCUUUGUGAAUAUCAUAGGGGGAUGACUGAACUUGGAAGGAUUUUCGUUCAUUCCAAAAAUCCUGUUGUGUGUCCUUUUUAAAAAUGGCAAUGAAUACAUUCAGGGAGGUGCUAUUCAGAUUUUUUUCUUCCCAAAAGAAAAAUCUGAAGCCCAAGUUGCUCCAUGAGAGUCAGUUCAGUCAAGGCCAAUUUUUGAUGAAGACUCAGGGCUUGUGCAUGUUUCCACUUGUGCUGUGUCUAGAAAGCAUGGGUUGGAGUGGUUUUCUCUUGACCCUCAUUUUCGAGGCAAGGGUCUGAGCAGUUUUCCCCUUGCCUUGCUCCUUUCCAAGGGAAAAGCCACUUUUUAGCAAUAGAUCAGAACAAUGCUGGCAAGGGCUGAGUCCCUAGAAGACCACAAGUAACCUACACUUGGAGGAGGCCAAGCCUCCUGACUUUCAGAAGGGAGUUUUAAUAGAUACAUUUAGGCUUCUUGGAGAUACCUCUAUGAUUGUCAAGGCAACCCUGGCAGAAGUUUUGUUUUUUAAAAACUCCCAACCACCAGGUCUAUUUUUACGCUUGCUGAAGUCUAAAUUUUGUUUUUUCACCGUGUGUUCCUGUUUGGUUGCGGGAAUUUCCCUAUGUCUGUUGUGGCCCACUGUUAUGCCAACCAAACGAAUGUGGGGAAGACAGAAAUGGCAGCAGACAGUGCAAGCAAGCUCCUUUUGAAUGAAUGUGUCAUGGUUAGGGAUGGAAAUGUGCCUUAUGUCAGACCAUUCCUGUUCCACUGUUGAGGAACUUGUACCAGCUUCAUGAAGGAUCACCAAGCAGACGUUACAGUGAUUGAUGGUGCGUAGCUGCAUUUUCUUUGGAGCAGUGCUCCAUAUCUAGCACAGCUUGCACCCUGGAUCCUCCCUUCUCUACACCUACUGCCAGCAACCUCUUGACGCUGGCAAGAGGAUCCAGGUGUGGAAGCCAUCUAGGUUUGGAAAGAGCUGCCACAUGGAAAUGGUCUCCAUCCUGGAUAUGGUAAUGUGGAUUCUCCUUACUGCAACCUUCUGGUUCUCCAUCUUCAAAGGUAAUUUGAGAAAGACCAGCAUAGCUUCAUUUAUAUGAGGAGUUUUGCUGUCUCAUGUGGUUUUGUCCUUCGUUGGCAGCGCUCCUGCAAAUCAGUGCUCAGUCACUUUAAUAUCUUCCUCCAGAUAUUUGUGAGUUUUUAAAUAUAUAUAUCUAAAACAGCAGUGAGAAAAGAGUGUGUGUGUGUGUGUGUGUGUGUGUGUGUGUGUGUGUUUUGAAGCUUAUUUUCCCCGCAGGCUGGUUUUCUUAUAAACUUCUGCCUCACUGAACUUUUUACCCAUGGGGACAACAAGCUGUGUGGAGGGACGGAGUUCUAUAAGAAAAACAACCCUCAGGGCAAGAGAGGAGCAUCCCCUCCCCCCAAACUUUCAUUCCAGAUUGCAACAUCCCACAUCUGCUUUGGGUUUGUUGGAUUUCAAAAAAAGGAUUCUUGUGCCUGAUCAUUGCAUGUGUGCGACUGGAAGUGUACACAGUUUUCUGCCGAUGUCCAGGUACUGAGAUGUAUGCCAGCAAGUGAUUUCAUAUACCAAGGGUAGGGAAAGUGGACCCUUGCAAUGAGUGGAAUCUAUAGCACUGGUUGGGUCCCAUCAUCCUUGACUUUUGACCAUGCUGGCUGGGACUGAUGGGAGUUGGGAGCCCCAACAGGGUCACAGGUUCCACAUCUCUAUCAUAGUCAGGGCUGCAGGGAAGCCAGUCUUCUACUCCAGCUCAUGUUUUCUUCUGGCUAACCGUCUCUUGUUCCUUGUCUCCUUCCCUGCAGGCUCCCAGAUGAGACGUCCUCAUCACUGAUUUCCUCCAAGCCCGUAAGCAGCCUUUUCCAUAACUGGCCUAAGUCCCCCCAGGGCAAGCACCCCAAAAGCGUGGAGUUUGACAUCCGCCCGGCCCUGCGGCGCGCCCCGAGUCCAGCUGCCCUGCCCAGUGAGCACAAGAUUAGCCCAGCCCCCAGGCCGUCCUCUCUCCCUAUCCUGCCUUCUGUGCCCAUAUACACCGGCGUCUUCGAUCUCCGCGGCUCGCCCACUUCCGGGGGCGAGCACCCUUUCCCCGGCUUCCCCUCGGGCAGCCGCUCUUUGUCUCCCACCCACUUCCUGCCGCCGGCCACGGACAAGCCGUUCGGCUCAAAGCCACUGCCUUUCUGGACCAAGUACGACGUGGCCGACUGGCUGGAGUACCUAAAGCUGGGCGAGCACCGCGAUCGGUUCCUGGACAACGAAAUCGACGGCUCUCACCUGCCGUCCCUCACCAAGGAAGAUUUCAUUGACCUGGGCGUGACGCGAGUCGGGCACCGCAUGAACAUUGCCCGUGCCCUCAAGUUUUUUCUGGAGAGGUGA